CGUUGACAGGCCCGGUGUGCACUCGACGGCGCCGGCGGAUAUAAAUGCCGUCGAUGCAGGCGUCGCUCACAGGCCCUGGCUGCACAGAUGUUCUGCCCGGCUCGCUGGCCUGCCCCGUCCUCUCGGCCCAGGCUUGUGUUGCAGCGGAUCCAUGAGCCGCCUGCCGCACAGCAUCCGCUGUUUUCCCGCUCGCCCUCUUGCUCCCACAGCCCCAGGCCGCGGCCUCUAUCAAGCAGGUCGUCCUCCAUCUGGUCUGCGCCGAGACCCGUGCCGGCCGCCAUCCCUCAAGCCAAGCACAGCUCCAGCUUGGCUCUGUCUGCGCCGGUCUCUGCCACCGCUCUCCCCAACCGCAGCAUCCCAGUUCCGGACGGAGGCCCCGACCGCCCCCUGCAGCAUCGCAUGGAGGUGGCCCAGCGUGCACAUAUCCUCUGGGACAUUGAGAACUGUGCCGUUCCCAGCGGCACCUCUCCGCCACAAGUCGUCCGCCAGCUGAGGAAUCUGAUUCUCGGCCGCAAGGAGACCCUCAUCAACAUCAUUGCCAUCGCGGACCUGGAGCUCAUGAACAGAGCUGUCAAGACGGCGCUCGGUGAUUGUGGUGUGGCCCUGCAAAACGUCUCGUCCAGACGACCCUCGGCGGCCGACAAUGCGAUCCUGUGCGAGUUGAUGAAGAUAUCGUUCUUCCAGAAGCCGCCGCACUCCAUCUAUCUCAUCAGCGGAGACCGAGACUUUGGUAGCUGUCUCAGCUUCCUCGAGUCGGUGCAGUACCACGUUGUUUUGAUCCAUCCUCCACGCAUAUCCGAUGCGCUCCGGUACUGUGUCCGCGAGCUCAUCCCAUGGAGCGAGAUCGCUGUGCCCUCGACCACCAAGCUCACCACCACAUGCAGCGCUACAGAUACCUCAGGCGAUGAAGUGCAAAUCUCCCAUACCCGGGUCGACUACAAAGUCGAAAGCGUUUCCACUCGCAGCGCCACUGAUACAACGACAUCGCCAUCUCACGGACAUUCCAGAAUCUCCUCGGGUCCAUCCAAGAUGCAUGCUGCAGCUACACCGCUGGCCGAGUCGCUGAUAGAGUGCGACUAUCCCACUGCCCGCGCGAGCCCUCCCAAGGCCGCCGCCCUCGACCCUCUUGUCGGGCUGGUUCCGUCGACAUUACACUUUUCUGUCUCGACCGGCACGGCACUUGGACUACUCACAGAGCGGUCACUGCCACGUGCGCAGACGGAAGAGCUGCUCAAGACAACCUGUGUGGAUGAUAGGGGGCAGCUACCCUCAUCAACGGUAGUCAAGGACGGCACCGCCUCUAGGAGCAAAGGCAAGACAGAGGCCCAAGCAUCGAUCGAGUUGAGCUCGACUGAGGUAUGAUAUGCGCGAUACUCUGACCGCAUCGGCGCUUGCGCCAGAAGUGGUUGUAUGCUGGAACAUCCUCCACAGUCAGUUUCCAUCACGGGCACAUUAGUAUCGGCUCCUGCCACCCCAUCGACCGACUCGUGAGCUGCCGGACUGAUAAGCGAG